CUCUACCAUGUGGAGAGAUGAGCGAGGAGGUGGUUUCCCCUCGGCCGAGCUCCGCUGCCUCCUGUCAGGGUCUGCCAGGCUUUUCACUGAGGCUCAUGUCCGGCCUCCGACCACACACUUACGACUUGCUCGCUCGUGCACGAGGAGUUCAGUCGGGGUGAACAAGCUCCAGUGAACCACUGCUAUGCAGCGGGGGGGCCAGUUUCACCGGGAUACCUCAGUAGUGUUGGUCCUUCAUGUUAGUCACACUGGUUCACAUUUCACAAAGACUGACUCAUUUUAAGACAGAAAUAUUAGACACCUUACAGGACAAAGGUUACCAUGGUAACAAUCAAUGACACCUGCGCUGACCAGUAACACCCCACAACAAAAGACAGGAAAACAUGGCUCAUCAUUUGCGGGCUGCUGACAUUGUUACGGAGAGAGCGAAGAGGAGGGGAAGAGUUUUUAGGCCAAAUCAUUCAUCAUCAAGAAAAUCUUAAUUUACCCCAGAAUUCAUUGUACCACAGACCAGCUUAAGAUAGACCAGAACUAAACUGCUUUGUAGAGCAGAUGUAGACUCAGUCUAUCUGAAGUCUCUUUGUGGAACUGGCUUCUGGUCUAAAUGAGGGCAUGCCCCCUUUUCCUGGAUUAGAGAUCCGCACAGUCUGUUUGAAAAUGCAGCGUCAUGCAGCAGCUAGUUGGACACACAGAAGUGUUUUUGUGCUGUUUUUCCUACAGUCAGAUUUAAGUCCUGUUAAAGUGUGUCUCAGUGGAUCGGCGCAGAGGUCUGUUUGGCUCCGGCGGUCGAUGAGGGUCUUUGGCGAGGUGUGGUCUGGUGGGUGGGGUCGUGGGGGUGUACAUUACAGGGCCGGGCCAGGUCGGGGGAAUCUUCCCUCUCUCCACAGACCACUGUGUGGUGAAUGACAGCCUCUGACAUCGCAGCCCGCAGGCAGGCAUUUUGCAAGAGCUGGUGAAAAAAAAAAAAAAAAAAAAAAAAAAAGAAGAAAGAAAUAGGAGCAGAGAAUGUCAGAGACGCAAACAGAGAAAGGAAAAGAGGGAGUUAGACUGAAGAAACUGAAUCAGAGGCUCAAACACUCCCACCUCACUGCAGGAUACUUCACUGUGGAGCAGAGUUUCAGGCAAUAAAGAGAAGUGGAGAUAACAGCCACCCGCAUAGGCUUGUGUUUGUGUUUUUGAUCAGCGAGUUAACGCCACCAUGGCGAUGCAGCAGAGAUUCAGAAACUAUUCCUCUGACAGUGUGGGGAGUGACGGGGUCUUCACAGAGGACUCCUACUACCAGGGGAUGCUGAGGGCCAUGGAUCACAGGAAAGACGAACGGGACCGAGUCCAGAAAAAGACCUUCACAAAAUGGGUCAACAAGCACCUGAUGAAGGCGCAGAGACACAUCACCGACCUGUACGAGGACCUCAGAGAUGGACACAACCUCAUCUCCCUGCUGGAGGUGCUCUCCGGAGAGACGCUGCCGAGGGAACGUGACGUUGUGAGGAACGUGCGGUUGCCGAGGGAGAAAGGCCGGAUGCGUUUCCACAAGCUGCAGAACGUACAGAUCGCUCUGGACUUCCUCAAGCACAGACAGGUCAAACUGGUCAACAUCAGGAAUGAUGACAUUGCAGACGGGAACCCCAAGCUGACCCUGGGUCUGAUAUGGACCAUCAUCCUUCACUUCCAGAUCUCAGACAUCCAGGUGAACGGUCAGUCGGACGACAUGACGGCCAAGGAGAAGCUGCUGCUGUGGUCUCAGAGGAUGGUGGAGGGAUACCAGGGCCUGCGCUGCGACAACUUCACCACCAGCUGGAGGGAUGGAAAGCUCUUCAACGCCAUCAUACACAAACACAGGCCCACUCUGAUUGACAUGAGCCAAGUGUACCGACAGAGCCACCAGGAGAACCUGGAGCAGGCCUUCAGCACGGCCGAGAGGGACCUGGGCGUCACCAGACUGCUGGACCCCGAGGAUGUGGACGUGCCGCAUCCAGAUGAGAAAUCCAUCAUCACAUACGUCUCCUCUCUGUAUGACGUCAUGCCCAGAGUACCAGACGUUCAGGACGGCGUUAAAGCCAAUGAGCUGGAGCUGCGUUGGCAGGAGUAUUAUGAACUGGUCACCGUCCUGCUGCAGUGGAUCAGACAUCACAUCCUCGUCUUCGAGGAGAGGAAGUUCCCCACCAGCUACGAGGAGAUCGAGGUUCUCUGGCGCCAGUUUCUGAAGUUUAAGGAAACGGAACUUCCUGCGAAGGAGGCCGACAAGAACCGCUCCAAACACAUCUUCAAGUCUUUCGAGGGCGCAGUGCAGGCGGGUCACGUCAAAGUGCCGCCAGGUUACCACCCGUUUGACGUGGAGAAGGAAUGGGGUCGUCUGCACGUGGCCAUACUGGAGAGAGAGCGUCUCCUCAGGACAGAGUUUGAGAGGCUGGAGCGGCUUCAGAGGGUCGUCAGUAAGGUCCAGAUGGAGUCAGGGGUGUGUGAGGAGCAGCUGAACCAGGUGGAGACUCUGCUGCAGACGGACGUGAGGAUGAUGAGCUCGGGGAAACCUGCUCAGCACACAGCAGAGAUGGAGGCAGAUCUGGAGAAAGCAGAAGGGAUGAUUCGCUUCCUCUUCAAUGACGUUCAGCUGCUCAAAGACGGACGCCACCUGCAGGCUGAACAGAUGUAUCGCAGGGUUUAUCGUCUCCACGAGCGCCUGGUGAACCUCCGCAGCGAGUACAACCUGCGCCUGAAGUCGGGCGUGACCACCACGCAGAUCCCCAUGACUCAGAUCCACACCGCCCAGGUCCUGCAGCAGGCCCCCAUGAGGGUGCGGCCCGAGCUGGACGAGGUCACCCUGCGCUACAUCCGGGACCUGCUGGGCUGGGUGGAGGAGAACCAGCGCCGUGUGGACGACGGAGAGUGGGGGUCCGACCUGCCCACCGUGGAGUCUCAGCUGGGCAGCCACCGCGGCCUUCACCAGUCUGUGGAGGAGUUCCGCUCCAAGAUCGAGAGGGCGAAGGCCGACGAGAGUCAGGUGUCGCCUGCCAGUAAAGCUGCCUACCGCGACUAUCUGGGAAAACUGGAGCUGCAGUACGGAAAGCUCCUGAACGCCUCUAAGGCCCGCCUGCGUUACCUGGACCAGCUUCACGCCUUCGUCACCGCGGCGACCAAAGAGCUGAUGUGGCUGAACGAGAAAGAGGAGGAGGAGGUCAACUACGACUGGAGCGAACGGAACACCAACAUGAUCGCCAAGAAAGAGAACUACUCGGGUCUGAUGAGAGAGCUGGAGCUCAGGGAGAAGAAGGUGAACACUGUCCAGACCACAGGAGACAAACUGCUGAGAGAUGGACAUCCUGCCAGGAAAACCAUAGAGGCCUUUACUGCAGCUCUGCAGACUCAGUGGAGUUGGAUCCUCCAGCUGUGCUGCUGCAUCGAAACACACCUGAAGGAAAACACCGCCUACUUCCAGUUUUUCUCUGACGUGAAGGAGGCGGAGGAGAGGAUCAAAAAGAUGCAGGACACAAUGAAGAGGAAGUACACAUGCGAUCGCUCCAUCACAGUCACACGGCUGGAGGACCUGCUGCAGGACGCAGCUGAUGAGAAAGAGCAACUGACGGAGUUUAAAACUCACCUGGAAGGUCUGAAGCGAAGAGCCAAGACCAUCGUCCAGCUGAAACCACGUAACCCUGCUACACCAAUAAAAGGCAAACAGCCCGUCCAGGCCGUCUGUGACUUCAAACAGAUGGAGAUCACAGUCCACAGAGGAGACGAGUGCGCUCUGCUGAACAACUCGCAGCCUCACAAGUGGCGGGUGCUGAACGAUAAAGGCAGCGAGGCGUCCGUUCCAUCCAUCUGCUUCCUGGUCCCACCCACCAACAAGGACGCCGUGAACGGUGUCGCCGGACUGGACGGAAACCUCCAGAGGCUGCAGACCAUGUGGCAGACCAUGUCUGUGGACAUGAGGAGUCUGUUGUCCUGGCAGUACCUGAUGAGAGACAUCCACAUCAUCAAGUCCUGGAACAUCACCAUGUUUAAGACCCUGAGGGUGGAGGAGUACCGGCUGGCUCUGAGAAACCUGGAGCAGCACUACCAGGACUUCCUGAGGGACAGCCAGGACUCCCAGACGUUCGGGGCCGAGGACCGAAUGCAAGUGGAGUCCAACUACAACAAAGCCAACCUGCACUACAACACCAUGGUCAGCUCUGCAGAGCAAGGCUCAGUUCCGCCCAGCGCAGGAGAGCAGGAUGAGUCGGUGUGUAAGACUUACCUGUCAAAGAUCAAGGACCUUCGUCUGAGGCUGGAGGGCUGCGAGAAUCGAACGGUGACUCGCGUCCGUCAGCCCGUGGACAAGGAGCCGCUGAAGGCCUGCGCCCUGAAGACCGCAGAGCAGAUGAAAGUCCAGUCGGAGCUGGAGGGCUUGAAGAAAGACUUGAGCUCUAUCGCUGAGAAGUCGGAGGAGGUCCUGGCGUCUCCUCAGCAGUCCAGCUCCGCCCCGAUGCUGCGCUCCGAACUGGACGUGACCCUGAAGAAGAUGGACCACGUCUACGGCCUCUCCUCCGUCUACCUGGACAAACUGAAGACGAUUGAUGUUGUGAUCAGAAACACUAAAGACGCAGAGGACGCGCUGAGGAGUUAUGAGACUCGUCUGCGUGACGUCAGCAACGUGCCAGCGGAGGAGAAGGAGGUGGAGGAGCAUCGCAGUCAGCUCAAGUCCAUGCGCGCUGAAGCCGAGGCCGACCAGGUGGUGUUUGAGCGCCUGCAGGACGAGCUGAAGAGAGCCACGGCCAUCAAUGACAAGAUGACGAGGAUCCACAGCGAGCGCGACGCCGACCUGGAGCAUUACCGUCAGCUGGUCGGCAGCCUGCUGGAGCGCUGGCAGGCCGUGUUCGCUCAGCUGGAGCUGAGGCUGCGGGAGCUCGACCUCCUCGGGCGCCACAUGAAGUCCUACCACGAGAGCUACGAGUGGCUCAUCCGAUGGCUGGCAGAGGCGAGACAGAGGCAGGAGAAGAUUCAAGCCCUGCCGAUCGGUGACAGCAAGGCUCUCAAGGAGCAGCUGGGAGAGGAGAAGAAACUCCUGGAAGAAAUCGAGAAAAACAGGGACAAGAUUGAAAAUUGCCAGAAAAAUGCAAAAGAUUACAUCGAUUCAGUCAAGGAUUAUGAGUUCCAGAUUCUGACCUACAGAGCUCUCCAGGAUCCGAUAGCAUCUCCUCUAAAGAAACCCAAAAUGGAGUGUGCGUCUGAUAACAUCAUCCAGGAGUACGUCACUCUGAGAACACGCUACAGUGAACUGAUGACUCUCACCAGUCAGUACAUUAAAUUCAUCCUGGACGCACAGCGCCGCCUGGAGGACGACGAGAAAGCUUCUGAAAAGCUAAAGGAAGAGGAGCGGCAAAGGAUGGCAGAGAUACAGGCUGAGCUAGAUAAACAGAAACAGCUGGCCGAGGCUCACGCUAAGUCUGUGGCCAAAGCCGAACAAGAGGCGCAGGAGCUGAAGAUGAAGAUGAAGGAGGAGGCCAGUAAGAGGCAGGACGUCGCAGUGGACGCUGAGAAGCAGAAGCAGAACAUCCAGCAAGAGCUGCAUCAUCUGAAGAGUCUGUCGGAUCAGGAGAUCAAGUCCAAGAACCAGCAGCUGGAAGAGGCGCUGGUCAGUCGUAGGAAGAUCGAGGAGGAGAUCCACAUCAUUAGAGUCCAGCUGGAGACGACGAUAACACAGAAGACCACAGCUGAGGGCGAGUUACAAAAGCUCAGAGACAGAGCUGCUGAUGCCGAGAAGCUCAGGAAAGCUGCUCAGGAUGAGGCAGAACGGCUUCGCAAGCAGGUAACAGAAGAGACCCAGAAGAAGAAAAACGCUGAAGACGAGCUGAAGCGUAAAUCUGAUGCAGAGAAAGAAGCUGCCAAGCAGAAGCAGAAAGCUCUAGAUGACCUGCAGAAGUUCAAACUGCAAGCGGAGGAGGCGGAGAGGCGCAUGAAACAAGCCGAGGAGGAGAAACUGAGGCAGAUUAAGGUCGUAGAGGAGGUGGCACAGAAGACUGCUGCCACUGAGCUGAAAACCAAAUCCAUGUCGUUCAACGAGAAGGCGACAAAACUGGAGGAAUCCCUAAAGAAAGAGCAAGGCACCGUCCUUCAGCUGCAGGAGGAAGCCGAAAAACUCAGGAAACAACAAGAGGAAGCAAACAAAGCCAGGGAGCAAGCAGAGAAAGAGCUUGAAACAUGGAGACAGAAAGCCAACGAGGCUCUGCGUCUGAGGCUACAGGCUGAGGAGGAGGCCCAGAAGAAGAGCCAGGCUCAGGAGGAGGCAGAAAAACAAAAGCUGGAGGCCGAGAGAGACGCCAAGAAAAGGGCUAAAGCUGAAGAAGCUGCUCUGAAGCAGAAGGAGAACUCAGAGAAAGAGUUGGAAAAACAGAGGAAAUUUGCAGAACAAAUCGCUCAGCAGAAGCUGUCUGCGGAGCAGGAAUGCAUUCGCUUAAAGGCCGACUUUGAACACGCUGAGCAGCAGAGGGGUCUGUUGGAUAAUGAGCUGCAGCGUCUGAAGAACGAGGUGAAUGCUGCUGAGAACCAGAGGAAACAACUGGAAGACGAGCUGGCAAAAGUCAGAAGCGAAAUGGACGCUCUUGUCCAGAUGAAGGUUCAAGCGGAGAAGGAGACGCUGUCGAACACGGAAAAGAGCAAACAGCUCCUCGAGUCUGAAGCGUCGAAAAUGAAACAACUUGCAGAGGAAGCAACGAGACUGAGAUCAGUGGCUGAAGAGGCAAAGAAGCAGAGGCAGAUCGCAGAGGAAGAGGCAGCGAGGCAAAGAGCAGAGGCCGAAAAGAUACUCAAGGAGAAACUGGCUGCCAUCAACGAGGCAACUCGCCUGAAGACGGAAGCUGAGAUCGCUCUGAAAGCUAAAGAGGCGGAGAAUGAAAGACUGAAAAGACAAGCUGAGGAUGAAGCUUAUCAGAGGAAGCUGUUGGAGGACCAGGCCGCUCAGCAUAAACAAGACAUCGAGGAGAAAAUCACUCACCUGAAGAGCUCGUCUGUCUCUGAGCUGCAGCGUCAAAAAACUAUUGUGGAAGAAACUCUGAAGCAGAAGAAGGUGGUUGAAGAAGAAAUUCACAUCAUCAAGAUCAACUUUGAGAAGGCAUCAAAAGAGAGGUCAGAUCUGGAGGUGGAACUAAAGAAGUUGAAAGGCAUCGCAGAUGAGACGCAGAAAAGCAAAGUCAAAGCUGAAGAGGAGGCAGAGAAGCUGAAGAAGCUCGCUGCAGAGGAAGAGAAGAAAAGGAAAGAAGCUGAGGAGAAGGUGAAGAGGAUUACUGCUGCAGAAGAAGAGGCAGCCAGACAGUGUAAAGUUGCUCAGGAGGAAGUUGACCGCCUCAAAAAGAAAGCUUCAGAAGCAAAUAAACAGAAAGACAAGGCUGAGAAAGAGGCAGAGAAGCAGGUCAUUGUGGCCAAAGAGGCAGCACAGAAAUGCACCGCUGCAGAACAGAAAGCUCAGGACGUUCUCAGUAAGAAUAAAGAAGACAUCCUCGCUCAGGAGAAGCUGAAAGAUGAGUUUGAAAAUGCAAAGAAACUUGCACAAGCAGCUGAGAAAGCCAAAGAGAAAGCGGAGAAAGAGGCUGCAUUGCUCCGUCAAAAAGCAGAGGAGGCUGAAAAACAGAAAAAAGCAGCGGAGGAUGAAGCUGCUAAACAAGCCAAAGCUCAAAAAGAUGCAGAGAGGCUGAGGAAAGAAGCAGAGCAGGAGGCGUCUAAGCGAGCAGCAGCUGAGGCAGCAGCUCUGAAGCAGAAGCAGCAGGCUGAUGCAGAGAUGGCCAAACACAAAAAAGAAGCAGAACAAGCUCUUAAACAGAAGUCUCAGGUCGAAAAGGAACUUACGAUUGUUAAACUGCAACUGGAUGAGACAGAUAAGCAGAAAGCAGUGCUGGAUGAGGAGCUUCAGAGAGUCAAAGGUGAAGUUAACGAUGCUGUCAAACAAAAGGCGCAGGUGGAGGAUGAACUGUCCAAGGUUAAGAUCCAGAUGGAUGAGCUCCUGAAACUUAAGAUCAAAAUCGAGGAAGAAAAUCGCCGCCUUAUGAAGAAAGACAAAGAUAACACACAGAAAUUACUUGCAGAGGAAGCAGAGAAGAUGAAGAGCUUGGCGGAGGAUGCUGCCAGACUUAGUGUGGAGGCUGAAGAAACAGCCAGACAGAGGCAGAUUGCUGAGGCUGACUUGGCUGAACAGAGAGCGCUUGCAGAGAAAAUGCUAAAGGAGAAAAUGCAGGCCAUCCAAGAGGCUAGCAAACUGAAAGCUGAGGCUGAGGAACUCCAGAAACAAAAGAAGCAGGCACAAGACAAGGCUAAGAAACUGUUGGAGGACAAACAGCAGAUUCAGCAGCGCCUUGAUAAGGAGACAGAGGGUUUCCAAAAAUCAUUAGAGGCCGAGCGAAAGAGGCAGCUGGAAGUUUCAGCUGAAGCAGAGAGAUUGAAACUAAGGGUGAAGGAGCUCAGUGACGCUCAGACAAGAGCUGAGGAGGAGGCAAAGAAAUUCAAGAAACAAGCUGAUGAGGCUAAAGCUCGUCUUCAAGAAACAGAAAAACAAACUACAGAAACUGUUGUACAGAAGCUGGAGACACAGAGGCUGCAGAGCACUAGAGAGGCUGAUGACCUGAAGAAAGCCAUCGCUGACCUUGAAAAAGAGAGAGAGAAACUGAAGAAAGAGGCAGAGGGGCUUCAGAAAAAGUCUAAAGAGAUGGCGAAUGCCCAACAAGAAGAAAUUGAGCAGCAGAAGGCCAUGCUUCAGCAGUCUUUCCUCACAGAGAAGGAACUGUUGCUGAAAAGAGAAAGGGCCGUAGAAGAUGAGAAAAAGAAGCUUGAGAAACACCUGGAGGAUGAAAUGAAUAAAGCCAAAGCUCUCAAAGAUGAACAAGAGCGUCAGCGGAAGCUGAUGGAAGAAGAGAAGAAGAAACUUCAGGAAAUAAUGGAUGAAGCUGUAAAGAAGCAAAAAGACGCUGAAGCAGAGAUGAAAAACAAGCAAAAAGAAAUGGAAGUGCUUGAAAAGAAAAGGCUUGAACAGGAAAAACUUUUGGGAGAGGAAAACAAAAAGCUCAGAGAGAAACUCCAGAACCUGGAGGUUGCCUCCAAACAGGCUGCGUCGAAAACAAAGGAAAUUGAAGUCCAGACUGAUAAGGUUCCUGAAGAGCAGUUAGUUGCCAUGACAAUGGUGGGAACAACAAAGAAAGUUUUCAACGGCUCUGUUGAAGUGGAUGGAGGGAAGAAAGAUGAAUCACCAUUCGCAUUUGAGGGAAUAAGAGAGAAAGUUCCAGCUGAAAGGCUCCAUGACAUUGGCGUUCUGACCAAAAAGGAGUUUGACAAACUGAAAAAGGGCAAAGUCUCUGUGCAAGAACUCGGAAAGACUGAUAGAGUUAAAUCAUGUCUGAAAGGUCAGAACUGUGUCGGAGGUGUGUUGACUCCAUCCAAAGAGAAAAUGAGUGUCUAUCAGGCCAUGACAGAGAACAAGAUCACUCCUAACACUGCCACCAUGCUCCUGGAGGCUCAAGCAGCUGCUGGGUACAUCGUAGAUCCAGUGAAAAACAAACUCCUCUCUGUAGAUGAAGCCGUUAAGGAUGAGCUGAUUGGUCCCGAGCUCCAUGACAGGAUGCUCUCUGCAGAGAGGGCAGCCACUGGCUUCAAAGAUCCCUACACUGGGGCCAAAAUCUCUCUCUUUGAGGCCAUGAAAAAGGGACUUAUUGACAAGGAGCAGGCCACCAAAUUUCUAGAUGUACAGCUUGCAACUGGUGGCAUCAUUGACCCUAUCAAUAGUCAUAGAGUACCCCUGCAGACCGCCUACAAACAGGGUCAGUUUGACGGAGACAUGAACAAGAAACUCACUGAUCCCAGUGAUGAUAUCAAAUUAUUCAUUGACCCCAGCACUCAGGAGCAACUCACUUACAAACAGUUACUGGAGAGAUGCACCAAAGAUGCAGAGACAGGCCUGCUGAUACUACCAGUGACUGAUGAAGCUGCUCAAACUGAAAGAACAUACACAGAUUUGGAGACUAAAGAAGUCUUUAGUAAAUCCACCGUUGAUGUGCUUUUUGGAAGAUUCAAAGGAAAAACUGUCACUAUUUGGGAAGUGAUCAAUUCAGAGUAUUUCACUGAAGAGCAAAGGCGGGAACUGAUUCGUCAGUACAAGACAGGGAAGAUCACAGUGGAGAAGAUCAUCAAAAUUGUCAUCACUGUUGUGGAAGACAAGGAGAAAAACAAUGAAAAUUUGUUUAAUGGUUUGAGGGCCCCAGUUUCUGCCAAUGAACUGUUAGAGUCUAAGGUUAUAAACAAAGACUUGUUCAACAAGUUGAGUAACGGCAAGAUAACAGUUAAGGAGAUCUCUGAGAUGGAGUCUGUGAAGAAAGCACUACAAGGAACACCGACCAUCGCUGGGCUGUUGAAUGAACCAACCAAGGAGAAAAUGCCUUUCUAUCAAGCUAUGAAGAAAGAAUUACUGUCCCCAGAAACCGUAGUGAACCUUCUUGAAGCUCAAGCAGCGACUGGGUUUGUCAUCGAUCCUGUCAAAAAUGAGAGGGUCCCUGUUGAUGAGGCUGUUAAAUCAGGUCUCGUAGGCCCAGAACUGCAUGAACAACUUCUGUCUGCAGAGAGAGCUGUCAGUGGCUACAGAGAUCCAUACACAGGAAAGAAGGUGUCUCUGUUUGAGGCCAUGAACAAAGGCCUUAUCAAGAAAGACCAAGGCAUUCGUCUGCUUGAAGCACAACUCUCAACAGGUGGAAUUAUCGACCCUGUUAAAAGCUACCGCAUCCCACAUGAGGUUGCCUGCAAGCGUGGAUACUUGGAUGAGGAAAUCGCCAAGACUUUGAACAAGAACACCGAUGAAACAAAGGUCUUCUAUGAUCCAAACUCACAAGAGGAUACAACCUAUGCACAGCUCAUGAAUAAAUGUGUCCCAGAUAAGGAAACUGGACUUCUGUUGCUUCCCCUCUCAAAGAAGGCUGCAAAGCCAAAGAAAGACAAACAGAUUACAGAGGCUAAGACAAAAGAAGCUUUGAACCAGACAACUAUGGAGCUGGAGUACGGACCCUUCAAAGGAAGAAAAGUAACAAUUUGGGAGAUCAUCCACUCUGAGUACAUCACAGAGGAGCAAAGAAUUGAGCUAAUCCGACAGUACAGAAUGGGGCAGGUGACAAUUGAAAGGCUGAUAAAGAUUGUAAUAACAAUGGUUGAUGAAAAGGAGGACAAAACAAAGGAAGAUGCCUGUUUUGAAGGCCUUAGGGCAGCAGUCACUGCCAGAUCAUUACUUGAUUCCGACAUCAUUGACAAGGCUACAUUUGAUCAACUCCAACAGGGUAAAAAGACACCUAAAGAAGUCAGUGAAACUGAUAAGGUCAGGAAGUACUUGCAGGGCACAGACCGCAUCGAUGGCAUCACAAUGAAAGAUUCAGAUGAGAAGUUAAGCAUAUAUCAAGCAAUGAAAAAGAACGUUUUACAACAAAACACUGGGCUUGCACUGCUAGAGGCUCAAGCUGGAACUGGUUUUAUAACUGAUCCAGUCAAAAAUCUGAAAUACUCUGUGGAUGACGCUGUGAAGGUUGGAGUUGUUGGCCCAGAACUUCAUGAGAAGCUUCUCUCAGCUGAGAAAGCAGUGACAGGAUACAAAGAUCCGUACACAGGCAACAAGAUUUCUCUAUUCCAAGCAAUGAAGAAAGAGCUCAUACUAAGGGAGCAUGCAAUCCCUCUCCUGGAGGCUCAGUUCACUACAGGAGGGAUCAUUGAUCCAGUCAGCAGCCAUCGCGUUCCCAAUGACGUGGCCAUUCAGCGUGGCUAUUUCAGUAAACAAAUGGCCAAGUCCUUCAAUGAACCAUCAGGUGACGUUAAAAACUUCAUCAACCCCAACACCAAUGAAAGUGUAACUUACAAGCUGUUGCUGGAGAAAUGUGCAAGAGAUCCCACCUCUGGUCUGUGCUAUCUGCCUCUCUCGAAGGUUGAAGCUCCGGGUCCUGUCGAGAAAUCUUACCAGUACACAGAGGAGCAAGCCCAAACAGAUCUGGCCAACACUCAAAUUGAGGUCCCUCAUAAGAGUUUUGCAGGAAAGAGUCUGACCAUUUGGGAAGUCAUGAACUCAAAUAUGCUUCCAGAAGCAGAGAGGCGCCGCCUGAUGGAGCAGUAUCGCCUGGGGCAAAUCACAAAGGAAAGAAUAGUAUUCAUCAUCAUUGAAAUAAUUGAACAAAGAGAGACUCUAAAGUCAGAGCAGAGCAUGUCCUGUGAUGUCAUCAGAAGAAGAGUUACCAUCGAGGAGCUUUACAGUGCUAGAAUCAUCGAUUUGCACACCUACAACCUCCUGAAGCAAGAAAAGAUGACGAUUCGUGAGGCGAUGGAAAUGCCUUCAGUUAAACAGUACCUGUUUGGUACUGGUUGUAUCGCUGGAAUUAUGUCAGACAGUCCACCAAAGAUCAGCAUUUACCAGGCUAUGAAGAGUGGAAAGAUUAAGCCUGAAGUUGCUUUGAAUCUCUUGGAGGCCCAGGCAGCAACAGGGUUCAUGAUUGAUCCAGUGAAAGAUGAGCUUCUAACUGUUGAUGAAGCUGUGCGCAAAGGACUCGUGGGCCCUGAACUCCAUGACAAACUUCUCUCUGCUGAGAGAGCAGUCACAGGUUACAAGGAUCCAUACAGCGGAAAAGUGAUCUCCCUCUUCCAGGCUAUGAAAAAAGACCUGAUCCCAGAGGAUUAUGCAUUGAGGCUUUUGGAGGCCCAGAAUGCCACUGGUGGGUUAAUGGAUCCUGAAUACUACUUCCAUAUCCCCACAGAUGUGGCCAUGCAGCGUGGAUACAUUAAUAAAGAGACUCUUGACAGAAUAUCCGAACCUACUGGGGAUGUGCGAGGAUACACUGAUCCAACAACAGACGAGAAACAGUCCUAUUCUCAGCUUCUAAGACGAUGCAGGGUUGAUAAAGAAAGUGGUUUGCGGCUGCUUUCACUGGCAGACAGAAGACUUCUCUUCAAGGGUCUCAGGAAGCAAAUCACUGUGGAUGAGCUGCUUCGUUCACAGAUUAUCGACCAAAAGACCUACAACGAACUCACUGAGGGCAUCCUGUCAGUGGAGGAGGUCAGCAGAGACCUGAAGAAAUACCUUGAGGGUACCAGCUGUAUUGCUGGUGUGUAUGUAGAAUCUAGCAAAGACCGCCUGUCUAUCUACCAAGCCAUGAAGAAGAACAUGAUUAGACCAGGGACUGCCUUUGAGCUCCUUGAGGCUCAAGCUGCCACAGGAUAUGUAAUUGAUCCCAUUAAGAAUCUGAAACUAAAUGUCACAGAAGCCGUGAAGAUGGGCGUCGUUGGCCCAGAGUUUAAAGAUAAACUCAUCUCAGCUGAACGCGCUGUCACAGGCUACAAGGAACCUUAUUCUGGCAAGACCAUCUCUCUAUUCCAGGCCAUGAAAAAAGGCCUAAUUCUGAAAGAUCAUGGCAUCCGUCUGCUAGAGGCUCAGAUUGCUACUGGUGGAAUCAUUGAUCCACAGGAGAGCCACCGAUUGCCAGUUGAAGCAGCGUAUGAACGCGGCCUGUUUGAUGAGGAAAUGAAUGAUAUCCUCACUGACCCAUCUGAUGACACAAAGGGCUUCUUUGACCCCAACACUGAGGAAAAUCUCACCUACCUACAGCUGAUGGAGAGAUGUAUGAUCGACCCAGAGACUGGCCUUGCUCUUCUGCUGCUGAAAGAAAAGAAGCGCGAGAGGAAGACUUCCUCCAAAUCUUCUGUUCGCAAACGAAGGGUCGUCAUUGUUGACCCAGAGACCGGCAAAGAAAUGUCAGUGUAUGAGGCGUAUCAGAAAGGGCUCAUCGACCACCAGACAUAUCUGGAGCUCGCAGAACAAGAAUGUGAAUGGGAGGAAAUCACCAUCACCUCAUCUGAUGGAGUUGUGAAAUCCAUGAUCAUUGACAGACGGUCCGGUCGGCAGUAUGACAUUGAUGAUGCAAUUACUCGGGGCCUGAUUGACAAGUCAGCUCUGGAUCAAUACCGAGCAGGAACUCUGUCCAUCACAGAGUUUGCUGACAUGUUGUCUGGAAACAUGAGUGGAGUCAGAUCACGUUCAUCUUCCUUCGGUUCCUCUUCCUCCUACCCAAUGAGUCCAGUACCUUCCAUAAAAACACCAGCAACCACCUGGAAUGAUCCAACAGAAGAAACCGGCCCUGUAGCUGGGAUCUUAGACACAGAAACACUGGAGAAGGUGUCCGUGACAGAGGCUAUUCACAGAAACCUUGUGGACAAUAUAACAGGUCAAAGGUUGCUGGAAGCCCAGGCCUGCACUGGAGGCAUCAUCGACCCAAAUACCGGAGAGAAAUUCCCUGUUACAGAUGCAAUGAACAAAGGGCUUGUGGAUAAGAUUAUGGUUGACCGCAUCAGUCUAGCCCAGAAGGCUUACAAUGGAUUUGAAGAUCCAAGAACCAAAACCAAAAUGUCAGCAGCUCAGGCUCUGAAGAAAGGCUGGCUGUACUACGAGGCUGGACAGCGAUUCCUGGAGGUCCAGUAUCUCACUGGUGGGUUAAUUGAACCGGACGCCACCAGCAGAGUGUCUAUAGAUGAGGCUGUGAAAAAAGGCACCUUAGAUGCACGCACUGCACAGAAGCUGCGUGAUGUUAGUGCAUACUCCAAAUACCUCACAUGCCCUAAAACCAAGCUGAAGAUCUCUUACAAGGAUGCUAUGGAAAGAAGCAUGGUAGAGGAGGGGUCUGGUCUACGACUGCUUGAGGCUUCAUCUCAGUCGAGCAAAGGCCUCUACAGUCCCUAUAGCAUCAGUGGGUCCGGUUCUGCUACUGGGUCACGGUCUGGCUCAAGAACUGGAUCCAGGUCCGGCUCCAGGAGAGGCAGCUUUGAUGCUACAGCAUCAAGUUUCACCACAACCUUCUCCUCUUCCUCCUACAGCUCACCAAGCUACGGCCGUCGAUACUGAUGAGUUAAGAGUGAUUUUCUAAGGGAAGGAUUCACUAUAAAACCACAGUGCUCACCAGAUGCCUAUUUCUCAGUGGAAUAAAAUACUUUCUUUAUUCUGCUCUGCAUGUGGUCGCUACAGGACUUUUAAUAUUUAAUUUUCUACAAGUUGCAUAAUUUUGAUUUUUGUAUAUUUUACAUUUUAGUUAGUCAGACUUUCUGAUUACCAUACUGCAAGAAUUUAGAGUACACAACAGUGUACAUGAUUUCUUUUUUUUAAGUUUAAUCUCAUAAGCAUUUACUGAACAUGAAUUUAUUUACUUCCAAUAUUGUGUUACACUAACUGAAAGUGUUCAUGACCAUUACUCUAAUUGAACCAAAUUGGGUGUACAAACAAACAAACAAACAAACAAACACAUUCUCUGUACAUGUAUAUUUGUGAUUAUUAACAAAAGCAGUUUAAAGAAAGAGAUAAAAGCCACUCUGCAGAGCAGAAUAAUGAAUCUCCUGAAUAUGAAUAACACUAAUAGUGUCUGCUUCAAGAAUGCCAAGCUUCAAGAUCUUUUCUCUCCUGGGGUACACUGCCGCAUAUACUCUGCCAAUAUCUGAGCUCCACCCCAUUCCCAACUGUCCUAAAACCUGGAGUUACAGCAACAUGCUAGCCUUGUGAAGUGACCUGCAAACAGCAAGCUCCCUCAAAUGGAAGGAAUAUGUAGCCUGUUAUGACCAUUACCUCCAUCUGACAGUUCUGGACUUUACACACCAAACCUCAAGACCCAACACAUACAAGUCCCUGCCUUUUUGACACUUCGAAAAGGUAUUGUCGUCACAGUUCAUCUCAUCUCCAGCUCUUUUCGCAGAUGUCUUCCAGAGAUCCGUGGCAUUAAUUUGGGCUGUGACCUUUAUUGUAAUCAAUACUUUUAUGCAACAGUACAGAAACACACUUACUCAUACAUUGUUCUAUUAGAAUCCUUUAACAGUGGACCAUUUUGAAACGUGCAUCUAAUCUUGAACUCAUGUAAAGGCCUAAACCAUGCUUUGAAAGUGCCUGCAAAAUACUGUUUAACACUUUAUUGGGAUGUUGAGUAUUAUAAGAUUGUGCAGUGGUUACACUGUAAAAUGACUGAUGCAUGACUGAAAGAGCAAUGCUAUCCAUAAUGGUAUGAUUACUGUGUUAUCAGGUAAGCCUUUUUAUUGUCCAACUACAGUAUGUCACAAUCUAACGUUAAAAUAAUAGUUCAUUUCUGUGUGUAGUUAAACAGGGCUCAAGUGUAUGGUUUGAAUGUUUAAUAGCUAACAUUUGCAUUAUUUGAAUAUUCUGCACUUCACAGACAGGUAAUGUAUGUACUGUAUAUUGAUGAUUAUAUAGAGCACUAUUGCUGAAAGCCAUUAAUUAACAUUUCUUUGAGAAAGAUCUUUAAGCUUUGCCACCAGACCCAGUAUUUGUAUUUUCCAUUACGUAUACUUUGUUUUCAUUUUAAUUCUACUUUGUAAAGCAACACAUUUGAUCUAUAUAUCAUUUUAUUUUCUUACUCUAUAUUUCUGCUUUGCAUGAUUUACUCACAUUUAAAAGGUGCAAAAUGAAAUAGUUGUAUCCAUUAAAGCAUUUUUUCUUAUUACGUUUCAAAAGGUUUGAAGGAUGUAUUUUAAUGAGGGUAAUCAAGCCUUGUUUAAAAUGGUGUAUUUAUAAUAAAAUGGUGACAAGGAAUUUUAUUGUAACACCUUAUGCUAUGUAAAUAAACAUGGAAAUGAA